AUGCUCUCCAUCCAUUCAUUACGAUUAAAUUUGUGCUUUCGAGGAGUUUCACGACCUCUUGGUCAUUUUAGGUUUAAUUCUCAGGGUAGAUGGCUAGAUAGACAAUCCAAUGAUCAUUAUACAAAGGAAGCUAAAGUGCAAGGACUGCGAUCUAGAGCAGCCUUCAAAUUAAUGGAACUCGAUGAUAAAUUCCAUCUUUUCCAGGGGGAUAAACAUAAACAUCAAAGAGUUUUAGAUCUAGGUUUUGCUCCAGGUGCAUGGUCUCAGGUUGCUCAAAGACGUAUUGGACCUAAUGGUAUGGUUUUAGGAGUUGAUAUUCUCCCGUGUGAGCCCCCUAAAGGUGUACAUUCCAUCCAAGCCAAUAUACUCUCGAGGAAGACUCAUGAAUUGAUAAGACUCUAUUUCUCUAGACAUUUCCAAUUGUACAAAUCUGAUCAUCUUCAUGAGCAUCACGGAUAUUUUCAACAUAGAUUAGAGGAACAAUUGGGUCUUAUUAAAAACACGGAUGCGUACGAUGAGAUCUUUGAUGUUGGAUUAUCCUCAGGUAAAGUGGACAGGUUCCCUAUUGAUACCAUUAUUAGUGAUAUGUAUGAAUGUUGGCCCCAGAUAACUGGAUAUUGGAAUAAUCUUACUAAUGCAGCUUAUUACAGGAUGGCAAAUACAUCAGGUGUUGCCAUAAGGGAUCAUUAUCAGUCAAUCGAUUUGGCAGAUGCGGCUCUAGUGACGGCAAUUGAUUUGCUAAGACCUAGGGGAAAUUUUGUUUGCAAGCUUUACACCGGUAAAGAGGAUAAAUUAUUUGAGAAGAGAUUAAGAAAAGUGUUCCAACGUGUUAAUAGAUUCAAACCAGCUUCAUCUAGAGGUGAAUCUAAAGAACUAUAUUUCAUUGGACUUGGUAAGAAAGAUCCUAUCGAUAAGCUGGAUGUCUUUUCGGUGUGA